UGGUGUGUGAGUCAGGGUCUGGCCCAGACAGUCAUUGGGUCCACCGCAGUAAGGCAACACAGCAGCGCCUUCGUCAGUGCACUGCGGAGCGCCUCAGGAAGUAGUCGUGGUCUUGCGCCGCCUCGUCCACGUUCACACAUUACCAGGUGUACCUGUACGGCGGCGAAGUGCAUCUGAUCCCCGUAGCGAGCUCUCCGGCCUCCCUCACAUCCUUACCCUCCGGCAUCCCCUCCGUCAUGGACGCCGUCAGCACCGUCAAGCGCCUCCCAGACCACACCAGAGCCCCACCCAAGGUUCAGAGCGCCCUCACCCUCAGAGUAGACGGGUACCCCGGGAAGAUCAGCCGGGAGCAGCACGUGGCCCACGCCUUCGUUCCGGUCGGCGUGGCCGCCCUGCUGAGAGAGUACCCAUCCCUGGUGGGCCACGCCGUCCACGCCUUCUGCAGGAGGGACCUCGUUGACAACAAGGUGUUACGUGUGAUGCGUCAUUUCCCCCCCGAGACCCGCGUAAUGACUGCCGUACGCUUCAGCAAGGCCCUGUACGCCCAGGUGUUAGCGAACCGCUACACACCUGACGUCCGCACUGGCUGGAACCUUCCUUCACCGCUACACCCUCAAUUUAAAGCCCAUGAUAUAGGCAUAAAGCUGGCGUGUGGAUUUGAACUGUUAGUGUGUAGUGCUGGGGGUGUGACACCGGUCUCUUCGCCCUCGGAAUCCUCACCUGACCCCACUUCACAGCUUGAUCUAACAACCAAUCCUCGCUGGGCACGCUAUCGCCAGUCUCUCACUGAAAAAGGCUAUUUUCGGGGUGAACUAGAGGGAUCAAAGCUCUACAAAGAUCUUGAGGAACGUGCACAGCAGUUUUUCGUGACAAACAUCUUAUCUGGUGAUAGUUCUGAAGAUAAUGAUGUGUUGUCUGCAGGGGCUGUUAUUGUCAAGCUACUUGCAAAGGUUAAUGUGGAUUAUGAGUUCUACAAGGAAAGAGCAACUCGGCUUGUUCCCCCUGAAGAUGACAGCUGGCUACAGAUUACACCGGAUGCUCUGGAUGACCUUCUUGAAGCUCAGUUUGGAAAUAAGGAAGCUCCUCAGGGCGCUAAUGAAACGGAGAUAAUGAACUCACUCUCAGCUUUCCUUGGACACAUGUCUGAUCUAGAAGGUGCAGAGGUACCAAAAGACCUGCAAGAUCGUAUCAGGAAACUUUCUACACUUUCUACUCAACGAAAGAGCAGUAAAGGAAGAAAACCAUCUGGUCUUACAGUGAAUCCUCAGCUUCGCAAGAUAUCUGCACAGUCAACUGGUUCUGAUGCAUCUAACUUUUCUGAUGUAUCUUCAUUCUCCAAUAAGAUUGACUUCAAUGCAGAUUCAUUCACGGAUGCAAUGACCAAUAUAUUAGAAUUAGGUGUUCCUGAAGACGAUUACUGGAAUCAUUCAGAGGAUGAAUCUUCAGGCAUGAGUAGCUAUGGAGAAGAAGAUACUGGUGAUGUGAGUCUUAGCCGCAAGUCAUCCAACACAUCUCAGAAAUCUGCAGCAUCUACUGUGUCAGCAACAUCUUCAGGUGUAGACACGCAGAUGAAGGAGUACAUGAAAGAGAUGGAGAGAGAACUAGCCACCACCAAUCUUAGAGACACUUUUGCCUCUAGCUGCAAUGACAGUGAUGGAGAUGACGAAUUUGAUGAUGUGGAAGAUUUUUCACCUGUGAAGGUAGAUAUGAAGGCUGUACAAGACUUGGUAAAGACCUAUACUGCACAAAAUGGCAUGCCAGGACCAGCUUCUUCACUUCUGGGCUCUGUGGGUAUCAAACCUAAAAAAAAUUAAAAUUUUAAUACUUGAAGCACUGUGAAGAAAUAUGGGUGUCAAUGAAAUACAGGUUAAAUUGAAGAUUAUCACUAUUAUUAUUAUGUAUUACACUAUUAUUAUUAUUAUUAUUAUUGCAUUUAUGGGAUUUGCUUUCUGAAAUAUAUUUCAUAUUUGGCAAUAAUUAUUAUACUGUACAUAUACAGGUAUAUUGUACAUUGUAUAAUGAGUGGAUGCUUAAAUCCAUUUCUUGAAAGCUGAUUUAAUUCAGUAGCUUCUGCAUUAAAUAAUAUAUGAAUAUGAAAUUUUCUCCUGGGAGUGCGAUACUUGUGGUGUUGUGUAUACCUUUACCAGAGCAAAUGUGCUUGAAAAAUCAAUAGGAAAGACAGUGAAAUAAAUUCCAUUGAUUUUCUGCUCAACUGUGAUUAUAUUUUAAGUAUUUUUAAUACACUUUUUUUCAAGAAUAAAGGGGUGUCCUUAUGUUUAUAUUUAAGUAGUUUUCAUGUGUGAUUUUACUUAAAUGUGUUUCCAUUUAGGGGAAAAAAAUUGGAAAAUUUGACAUUACCUGGUUUCCGUUUCUUCUGUUAACAUGUAUAGAAAUUGUAUAUGGAUAUUAUAAAUGCAUAUCUUGAAUGGUCACAUGUUUGCCAGUAAAUUGAAAGGGUAUUAUUUCUGUGACUAAAACAAAGUCACAGAAACAGAAACAAUAUUAGUCUAACUGUUGGCAUUAUUAAUGAGUAAGGUGUGUGCGCUGGAGUAUCGCUGCCUUAAUAAUAAGGAUUCACUUGUCGACUAUUAACUUAAUUUCCUGUCAGAGGCAUUCAUAGGUUAGUGAGUUAGACAUACUCGUAUCUUGUUCUGGAGUUUGAUGAUAUCUUUCCUUAUAUUUUGUAAAUGUAGAAAUUUUAGAACAAAUAUUCAUAUAUUAUAUAAACAAAUAUAUAUCUAUAUAUAUUUUUUACAUGAGUUUAUACAAGUACAUUACAUGUUAGGUUAUUUGUAAUGCUAAAUUUAAUAUAAUUUAUUUAAUUUAAUUGGCAUAUUUAUUCUAAGGGUAUUCUUCUGAUAAUAGUUAUAUUAACACAAAUGCAAAUAUCAUAUCCAGGGUAUCAAAUAUCUUCCAAAGGUUUCCUUAACAGUAAGUACAAGCUUUCUAGUAUUUUUUUUUAAUGGUUAACAAAUUCAGAGGCUGUAUUAUUCAAAUAUUUUGUUACCAUAAUUGUAAGAUAAAGAUACAAUGGAUAUUAGAGUAGCUGGAAGAAUACAGUUGUAAAUAAAUUGCACAAUUGGGGGAAUACAUCAUGAGCUAUUUCACUGUAACAUUGGAUUUGCUGCUGAACAUCAUAAUUGUAUAUACAUGCAUUAUUAAUAAACUUAUAAUAAAUUAUAAUGAAUAACUUGAUGUAUAAGUGCAUGAAUGUAAUGAUGACAAGGUGCGACUGCCACUGCACUGCAGAAGGUCUCUGUCAUUUGCAAUCCUCUCAAAUGCUGUGACCAGGAUCUAACCCUUGUAUUAGAAUAUCUAUAAACCUUUUGUAACUUUUUUUGGCAUUAAAUGUAUCUGCAUGCUGCAAAUUUUCUUUUAAAA